AAGAGGGGAAGGGAGGGGGAGGCGGCACUUGGGCUGCAGCUCUCUACCAGAGGCAGUCUCUCUCAGCUCUCGGAGGGACCCGGAGAGGUUACCGCGGAGUAGGAUGGUCUGCGGGGCUCCCUGAGUCAGGGCCUCUUAAAGCAGCUUCGGGGACUCGGGCGACCGGGCAGCUUUCACCAUGCAUCAGUCCCUGACUCAGCAGCGGUCCAGCGACAUGUCCCUGCCCGAUUCCAUGGGUGCCUUCAAUCGGAGGAAACGAAAUUCCAUCUAUGUCACCGUGACUUUGCUUAUUGUUUCCAUGUUAAUUCUCACGGUGGGUCUUGCUGCAACCACCAGGACCCAGAAUGUGACUGUUGGAGGUUAUUACCCAGGAGUUAUUCUCGGCUUUGGAUCAUUCCUUGGAAUCAUCGGAUCAAACCUUGUUGAGAACAAGAGGCAGAUGCUGGUGGCUUCCAUUGUGUUUAUCAGCUUUGGUGUGAUUGCAGCUUUCUGUUGUGCCAUAGUUGAUGGGGUCUUUGCUGCCAGACACAUUGAUCUGAAACCACUCUAUGCUAACCGGUGUCACUAUGUCCCGAAAACGUCUCAGAAGGAAGCUGAGGAGGUCAUAAGUUCCUCAGCCAAAAAUUCUCCUUCCACGAGGGUUAUGAGGAACCUUACCCAGUCAGCUAGAGAGGUGAAUUGCCCUCACCUCAGCCGUGGAUUCUGCACACCUCGAAUCCGGGGUAACACCUGCUUCUGUUGUGACCUCUACAACUGUGGCAACAGGGUGGAGAUCACCGGUGGGUACUAUGAAUACAUUGAUGUGAGCAGCUGCCAGGACAUCAUCCACCUCUACCACCUACUCUGGUCUGCCACCAUCCUCAACAUUGUCGGCUUGUUCCUGGGCAUCAUCACUGCUGCGGUCCUUGGAGGCUUUAAGGACAUGAACCCCACUCUUCCAGCACUGAACUGUUCUGUUGAAAAUGCUCAUCCUACUGUUUCGUACUAUGCUCGUCCUCAAGUGGCAUCAUACAAUACCUACUACCAUAGUCCUCCCCACCUGCCACCUUAUUCUGCUUAUGACUUUCAGCAUUCCAGUGUCUUUCCAUCCUCCCCUCCCUCUGGACUUUCUGACGAGCCCCAGUCUGGUUCUCCUUCGCCCAGCUACAUGUGGUCCUCAAGUGCGCCACCCCGUUACUCUCCACCCUACUAUCCACCUUUUGAAAAGCCACCACCUUACAGUCCCUAAAGAGGAAUGCCCACUGGCUAUUGAGAUUAUUGUGGCUUUUAUAUUUCUGCUUUAGUGGAAGUAUUAGGAUACAAAAUUUAAAGUGUGACUCUUAAUGCAUAAAGUUUUACAACAAGCCUGCCAGGCUAGGGAAAGAUAGGGAUGAAGGUUGUUACCAGUGCAAAGAAAGGAUGACUAGGCAGAACCUGGCACAAGAAGAGCAGCUCACACUAAGCAAGGCUAGGGAGCCAGCCCAGCAAGAAGACUGUCAUGUUUGGACUUGCAUUACCCUAUGCUUCACUUCUGUAUCAAGCAGGUGUCAUUGACAUGUCUCACUUUACAAGGAGCGUUGUCCUCAGGCCCUCGAGCCUGAUUGCCACUCUAGUACCUUGGUGAAAGUACUUGGCUUACAAGGCCCUAUCUUUCCCUACUGAUGUUCAGUCCUUAAAGAAAAUUUCCCAGAUAAUGGUUCCAGUACAGAGUUCUGGCUAAGAUUUUGUUUGCUUUUUGUCUGGAUAUAGAAAAAAGCUGCCUGUUAUCUUACUUCUUUCUUUUGUGAGUAUUGUAAAAAAUGGCUGUUUUUAUCAUUCAGCUCAGCUUUUGUUACUGGUACCUUCUAAAGGGAAAAGUGCAAUAUUCUCACAUCUUUAGUGGGAAACAGGAUUGUUCCAGAAGCACUGAAAUACAGAGCAACAUGUGAGCUGUUUCAAGUACAUUUCAGUAAUACAUUUGGUAAUUUGAGACUGAGGUUCUACUAUAUGUUAUGAUAUUACAAAAUACAUUUGCUGCAGAAAAUAUCUUACAGAUGAAAAUCAGAGUUUAAAAAUGCUAGGUUAGGUUGGAUCAUGACAUGAAUUUUUACUAAUCUUUGUGACUAUUUAAUCUUCAAAUAUUGUGCUUCAACCCCAGCAAACCGCACGUGUCCUGCACCUCACCCCAAAAGAAUCAUCUGUAUUUUAAUGCCACUGCUCUUAUUGGUCCUUUUUUCUGUUGAGACCAAUCAUGAUAGUGUUAAUUCAAGAUUAUGAAAGUGCUACAAUGCCUCAAGUCUGUAAAACCUCCAAAUGUAGCUAACUUGACAAAUUUCUAAGUGUUACGGUAGAUUUAAAGUCCAUCUGACACAUUGUGGUAUUCAUAGUUUUAAAAAAAUUAUACAUAGUUUUAAAUCAUCAACCUACUGAGUUUAAAACACUCUAGAAUCCACUCCUUCACUUCAGAAUCAACACUUUCACUGGGAUCUUAUGCUAACCUGAGAACUGGUUUAAAGGAAGAAUGAUAAUCUUACACUUGUAUAAUAUAAAAAUGCACGGGCUACAGAAGGGUACCUAAUUAAAUAGUUCUGCAAACACAGAACACAUACUGGAAAAAUUUCCAGCCAAUUUUGCUACUUCCCAACUUGAUGGAUUAGAGGUAGCAGACAACUGCUGGUGCUCCCAUCUACCUUAUAGUUACCCGACCAUCAAGAAUCAAGGCACAACAAGUGCACUCAUUGUUCACAGUAAAUGUUUGCAAAACAUUCAGUUUUACUUUCAGCAUCAUGAAUGUCGUCUUAUACAGAUUCCAAAUCUAAAAUACUAUAAUCCUUUUGUGUUAUACAAAAUUACUUUUAUUAUUUUUACAGCUCUGAGAAUAUUGAAAUUCUACUGGAUA